GCGCGCAAUUCGCCCGAGUUAAUUAGCUGCGCGCGUUCGUGAAGAAGAUGUAACUCCCCCGCUCGAAACUCCAAUCGAUAUUCGUUGUGCAGGGCCUGGGAGGUGGUGCCAAAGCGAGAGUGUAGAACCCCCCUAACAAAUCCCCGAACAAGCCACCGAUUAAAAAAAUAUUGCUUUUUAUUUUUGUGAAGAUAAUCAGAGGGCCGCCUGCACACACCCACACACAUUGGAUAUAAUUUGAUAUUUGAAAACGUUUCGUGCUUGCAUUCCGGAUUCCAAUCUAAGGCUAAACCCGACUAGAACCCACUCUAGCAACCAAUACGGAAAUAUGAAUAGGUUUUGGAUAAUCGCUUUACUUUUAGGAUUACAGCAAACAAAGCCAAUAAAUGGACAAUCGGAUGUGGAGGUGCAAUUAGUGGUCCCCAGAUAUGUGGAGCGCGGUUCCAGCGCCACGUUCAAGUGCAGGCACAACGUCCAGCCGGAGAUCCUGUUCAAGGUGACAUGGCUGAAGGUUGACAAGGGCAAGUUCUUCGAAUUCAUAAACGGACGGAAUCCGCCGUUCCGGAAUUCCACCAUCGAGGGAGCCGAAAUUGACUGGGACAACUCCAACGAGCAGCAGGUGACGCUGAAGGAUGUCCAGUUCGAUCUAUCCGGCCAGUUCUACUGCGAGGUCUCCACGGAUACACCCAUUUUCACCAAGGCCAGCGCCGACGAGCUCAUGAGCGUGUUCCUGCCGCAGACGGGCCCGCCCACCAUUAAGUUUCGCAAGCGAACGCCCUUCGCGGUGGGCGAGAAACUUUUCGCCCUGUGCAACACCACCCGCGGACGCCCCGCCCCCCACAUUACGUGGCUAAUCAAUGGGAAAAAGGUGGAGGACAAGUACGUGCGCACCCACCACGUGUUCUCCUUCAAUGGGAAGCACCAGCGCCGCACGCAGCAGCAGCAGCAGACGCAGCUGAGUCAGCAGCAGCUGCAGCAGCAGUUCUACCAGCAACAGUACUAUAACCAGUACCAUCAGCAGUACCACAUCCCUGUCGGCCAAUUUAUGGACCGCUACGACAAGAGCCUACGCUGGCCAGCCGGAGCAAGAGCGGAUGAGUUCCCGCACUUUGUGUCACAUCACCACGAAGGACACGGCCACCAUGGCGGCGGCAGCAUCUACAACAAUCCCUUCGGAUCCCUGGCCAACUAUCACGACGUGGGCGAGUUCCAUGAGGUUCACCAGCGUAACUACGACAUCAACAAGAAGCUGGAGAUCAAGAAGCAGCAGCAAAUGGAACUGAAGAAGCACAGGAACAGCAACCGCAAGUACCGGCGCCACAUAAACGAGAACGCCCUGGGCAUCAUUCGCAGCACCCUGAACAGCGGCGGCUUCGGCCCACAGGCGCCCAACAUGAACAAGGAGCUGGGCAUUCCCUCCAAUGCCGGUCCCAUGAACCAGCUGGCGGCGGGCUACCAGCGACCGCUCUCGCAUCCUGGCGGCGGCAGCGGUGUUGCGGCGGCAGCGGCUGCUGUGACCGCUGCCCAGCAGGAGAAGGGCAUGUUUAGCAUCAGUCAGCUGAACAUAGAGCUCACCGAGGAGCAUGUGGGCAGCAAUGGACGCAUGGAGAUCACCUGCCUGUCCACCAUUCCAGCUACAGUGGGACAGGGCGAGCAGUACGCCGACUACAAGACGUACUCCGUGAAAGUUGAGGUUGAGCGCCAAGUGGCCUCCUCCACGUCAACGGCUCCGCCCAGCAUCGGGAUGGCUGCGCUGGGCAACGGUAAUGGACAUGGCAACGAGACCUCCGCAGGAAGGAGGGCGCACGGAGGGGCAGUGCUGACGCACCUGUGGUCGCUGGCCCAGCUGCUGCUUCUUGUUCUGCUGCCCCUGAGCUACUAGAGGGACAGCGCAGGACACUGGGAACGAGCUGGGAGAGGAGAAGACCACCGACAUACUCGCACACUCUGCAUGGUAGAAGGUAGAGCUACGGCCAAUCCAAGGGCAAUCACAUCAUCAUCAUCAACAUCGUCCACAUCCACAUCGAGGACAAAAGCUGCAUCGGAGAAACCAAGUUGGAUUUUUUUGUAAAUUGUAUACCAAAUUUUUAAUCUGUUUGCAAGCCAAGAGAGAGCUCGAUUUAGCAGAAA